UUAGAAUGAAUGUUAAUUUAUCAUAAUAUAUUCUAACAGGCCAAAAUCUUUUGGUAUUAUGUUAAUUAUGUAUGUAUCUUGAUACUUGUACUUAACGCACAUUGUUUUUGUUUUCAAAUGCAUAAGUUUUGUUAUUUGAUUUUGCUGAAUGGAGAUAUCAAGAAUUUGGCAAUGGUUAAAUCUUCCAGUAUGUGUACUGUUAUUGGUAAAGUCAGAAGGAUCUGGUUUUGUUCCAAUCACUUACUUGGAGGAUGCAGAAUCAAAAGGAGCUGUUUGUUUGGAUGGUAGUCCACCGGCCUACCACUUCGAUAAGGGAUCCGGCGAAGGUGUUAACAGCUGGAUUGUUUUUCUUGAGGGAGGAGGAUGGUGCAAUGAUGUAUCUACUUGCCUUCAACGCAAGGACACUCGCUUAGGUUCAUCCAAACAAAUGGAUACGCAGUCUGGCUUUUAUGGAAUACUUAACAACCAACAAGUUUAUAAUCCAGAUUUCUACAACUGGAACAGAAUCAAGAUUAGGUACUGUGAUGGAUCAUCAUUUACUGGUGAUGUGGAAGAAGUUGAUCCAAUAAACAAUCUGCACUUCAGAGGAGCAAGAAUUUUUGAAGCAGUCAUUAAGCAUUUACUUGCAAAAGGAAUGGAGAAUGCUGAAAAUGCUAUUCUCUCCGGAUGCUCUGCUGGAGGAUUGGCUGCUAUAUUGAACUGCGAUCGCUUCAAAUCCUUCCUACCAAAUGGUGCCAGAGUGAAAUGCGUGCCGGAUGCCGGCUAUUUUAUCCAUGUACCAGAUGUCUCUGGAACAAAGCACAUUGAAAAUUUCUACAAAGGAGUUGUUGAAACACAUGGAUCAGCAAAGUAUUUGUCUAAAUCCUGCACUUCAAAAUAUGGUGCUGGCCUGUGCUUUUUCCCACAAUAUGUGGCACAAGAUAUCGCCACGCCCAUUUUCGUUGUAAAUGCAGCCUAUGACUCAUGGCAGAUUAGAAACAUUUUGGUACCGGGGAUGGCGGAUCCACACGGAAGCUGGAAAAACUGCAAAGAGAACUUAAGCAAUUGCACACCUGAUGAACUAGAUGCUGUGCAAGGGUUUAGAGAGGAUUUCAUAAAGGCAUUGAGUGGGGUGCAGAACUCUCCAUCAAAAGGAAUGUUCAUAGAUUCUUGCUACAUCCACUGCCAAACGGGAAUGCAAGAGCUUUGGUUCAAUCCUGAUGCACCUCAGCUUGCAAAUACUACUAUUGCUAAGGCCGUUGGUGACUGGUUUUAUGAACGAAAGCCUUUCCAACACAUUGAUUGUGCCUUUCCAUGCAACCCUACUUGUGGUAAACCUGUCUUAAAUGUCAAAGCCCACCCUGAAAUCUAGAUGAUCUUCCAUUUUCAAUGUAAUAAGUAAUAAACAUUAUUAUUAUUGUUGUAAUCUUCUCUUAAUCAUCUUUCACCGAUGAUAAAAAGGAUAGCUUAACAAUAAUCAAGAAACUAAAGUAAGUAUUUCACAGUCAGCUGUAUUCUUUCAUUUCACUAAUAAAAAUACAAGCAAAUACAAAACGUAUAUUGGGAUUGCCUGUAUAUUUCAAAAAGUUAAUAAGCUAAGAUACUUGGUAC